GACAAAAUGGCAGAGCAUGAAUCGGGAGGAUUCAUUUUAUUUUGAGACGUCCGAGGGUUAGGAUGAACAUAAUUGUAGUGGGAAAACUGAAAACGAAUUCUUGAGCUACGUAUACAAUGUAAAAUCGAAGGUCGACGAGACCUGUCGAUAUAGCUUUAAAAGCUUUUUAAUGAUGAAAAAACUUAGAGGCUACAGAUUUACAGGACGUAGUACGGAAAGUGUCAACUAGCGUUAGCCGCCCGCCGUUGACGCUUCGCAAACGUUAAUGUUCUGCUAACAGUGUAGUGUUCUUUUUUUGCAAAAAAGCAUUUUCGCUUCCUUCCUUUGGAGUUGUGAUGCAAUAUUACAAAAAUGCCGCCGUGCACCAACGUUUCUUGACUACUAUACUUAACUAGCCAAGUUCACUUGGGGCUGGAGCUUAUCCCAAGUUCUUAAAUCCCGAAAUAACAGAUCAUCUUUGAAAGUAAAAAGUGGUAAAUACCCUGCAGCUCCCACCGUAGGGACUACCCCGAGCAGUUAUCGUACAGUCAGCAGGACACCAAAUCCCUUUUGGGACACGGGUAUGCAUCUUUAAAACCCGAAGAUGAAUAGGAAGAAAGACAAAGGAUUCGAGAGUCCGCGACCAUACAAAUUGACCCACCAGGUGGUCUGCAUAAAUAACAUCAACUUUCAGAGGAAGUCCGUGAUUGGCUAUGUCGAGCUGACCAUCUUCCCCACGGUUGUGAACUUGAACCGCAUCAAACUGAGCAGUAAGCAGUGCCGGAUAUAUCGGGUUCGUGUCAACGACUUGGAGGCACCGUUCAUUUACAACGAUCCCACCCUCGAAGUCUGUCACCAUGAGUCCAAACAGAGGAACCUAAAUUACUUCUCCAGCGCUUAUACGGCGGCAGUGAGUGCCGUGGAUCCUGAUGCAGGCAAUGGGGAGCUAUGCAUUAAGGUCCCAUCGGAGUUGUGGAAGCAGGGGGAUGAGCUGAAGGUCCUGAAGGUGUACAUCGAGUUCUCCCUGGACCAGCCCAAAGGAGGCCUGCACUUUGUGGUGCCCGACGUGGAGGGGAGCAUGGCUGAGAGAGGGGCCCACGUGUUCUCGUUUGGAUACCAGAACUCCACACGGUUUUGGUUUCCUUGUGUGGACUCCUACUCGGAGCUGUGUACAUGGAAGCUGGAGUUUACCGUCGACGCAUCCAUGGUGGCCGUGUCCUGCGGGGACCUGGUAGAGACCAUCUACACCCAUGACAUGCGGAAGAAGACCUUCCACUACAUGCUGCCCAUCCCAACUGCCGCCCCCAACAUCUCCCUGGCUGUAGGGCCUUUUGAGAUUCUUGUAGACCCUUAUAUGCACGAGGUUACACAUUUCUGUCUGCCUCAGCUCUUACCCUUACUGAAGCACUCCAUGUCCUACCUUCAUGAGAUCUUUGAGUUCUACGAAGAAAUCCUCACCUGUCGCUACCCGUACUCCUGCUUCAAGACCGUGUUUGUCGACGAGGCCUACGUUCAGGUCUCCUCUUACGCAUCCAUGAGUAUCUUCAGCACCAACCUGCUGCACAGCGCGAUGAUCAUUGACCAGACGCCCAACACCAGACGCUGCUUGGCCCAGGCUCUUGCCCACCAGUUCUUCGGCUGCUUCAUUUCCCGGAUGUCGUGGUCUGACGAGUGGGUGCUGAAGGGGAUCUCGGGCUACAUUUACGGGCUAUACCUGAAGAAGACAUUCGGGGUGAACGAGUACCGCCAUUGGAUCAAAGAGGAGCUGGACAAGAUCGUGGAGUACGAGCUGAAAACCGGGGGCGUCUUGCUGCACCCCACGUUCGGGAGCGGCAAAGAGAAGGACAACCCGUCCCCACACCUGCACUUUUCCAUCAAGCACCCCCACACGCUGUCUUGGGAGUACUACAAGAUGUUCCAGUGCAAGGCCCACUUGGUGAUGCGGCUGAUCGAGAACCGGAUCAGCAUGGAGUUCAUGCUGCAGGUCUUUAACAAGCUGCUGAGUCUGGCCAGCACAGCCUCCUCCCAGAAGUACCAGUCCCAUAUGUGGAGUCAGAUGCUGGUAUCCACCUCUGGCUUCCUCAAGUCCAUCUCCAACGUGUCAGGCAAGGACAUCGGGCCCCUCAUCAAGCAGUGGGUAGACCAGAGUGGGGUUGUGAAGUUCUUUGGUAGCUUCGCAUUUAACAGGAAGAGGAAUGUCUUGGAGCUGGAAAUACGACAGGACUACACCUCAUCCGGCACCCAGAAAUACGUGGGCCCCAUCAAGGUGACCGUGCAGGAGCUCGACGGCUCCUUCAACCACACGCUGCAGAUAGAGGAGAACAGCCUCAAGCAUGACAUCCCCUGUCACUCAAAGAGCAGACGGAACAAGAAGAAGAAGAUUCCCCUGAUGAACGGAGAAGAAGUGGACAUGGACUUGUCUGCCAUGGACGCUGACUCCCCCCUGCUGUGGAUCCGGAUCGACCCGGACAUGUCCAUCCUGCGGAAGGUGGAGUUUGAGCAGGCGGACUUCAUGUGGCAGUACCAGCUGCGAUACGAACGGGACGUGGUGGCCCAGGAGGAAGCCAUAUCGGCGCUGGAGAAGUUCCCAACGCCGGCGUCACGCCUGGCCCUCACCGACAUCCUCGAGCAGGAGCAGUGCUUCUACAAAGUGCGAAUGCAGGCCUGCUUCUGCCUGGCCAAGAUUGCCAACUCGAUGGUGAGCACGUGGACGGGACCACCCGCCAUGAAGUCCCUGUUCACCAGAAUGUUCUGCUGCAAGAGCUGCCCCAACAUCGUCAAGACCAACAACUUCAUUAACUUUCAGAGCUACUUCUUGCAGAAGACCAUGCCAGUUGCAAUGGCUUUGCUCAGAGAUGUUCAGAAUCUUUGCCCAAAAGAGGUUCUGAACUUCAUCCUGGACCUCAUCAAGUACAACGACAACCGGAAGAACAAGUUCUCGGAUAACUACUACCGCGCCGAGCUGAUCGACGCCCUCACCAAUUCACUGACCCCGGCGAUCAGCAUCAGCAACGAGGUACGCACAGUGGACAACCUGAAUGCUGACGUGCGCCUCAUCCUAGAGGAGAUCACGCGCUUCCUCAACAUGGAGAAGCUACUGCCCAGCUUCAGAAACACCAUCACAGUCAGCUGCCUGAGAGCCAUCAGAAUGCUGCAGAAGAAUGGCCACAUCCCUAGCGACCCCUCGCUCUUCAAGUCCUACGCCGAGUAUGGACACUUUGUGGAUGUGCGCAUCGCCGCCCUAGAGGCCGUAGUGGAUUACACCAGAGUGGACAGGAGCUCUGGGGAGCUGCAGUGGCUGCUGGACAUGGUGCAGAAUGACCCGGUGCACUACGUCAGGCACAAAGUCUUGAGCUUGCUGGGGAAAAACCCGCCGUUCACCAAGGCGGCCGAAUCGUCCCUCUGCAACGAGGCGCUGGUGGACCAGCUGUGGAAGCUAAUGAACUCAGGGACCUCCCACGACUGGCGACUGCGGUGCGAUGCAGUCAACCUGUACCACACACUCUUCGGCCUGAGCAGGCCGUCCUGCCUGCCGCUGCCCGAGCUGGGCCUGGUGCUGAACCUCAAGGAAAAGAAAGCCGUGCUCAACCCCACCAUCAAGCCCGAGACGGGGGGGCCCGGCGGGAUGGCGGCUGGCACGGAACUCAGCGGCAACGGCAGCAUCGGAACCCCCGUCACAGGCUUCCCCGGCAACCUGGAGGAGGAGCACCUUCCCAUGGACCCACCCCCCAUCACCAUCAUUCCACCUCCCCUAAAAAGGAAGGCGGACACACCCCUGGGAUCACCACCAGAACCUGGACAGUUCAACGUCCAGGAGGAGGAAGACAUCGACAUGGACACAGUUCAUGACAGCCAGGCUUUCAUAUAUCAUCACCUCAAUAUGCUGGAAAGACCCUCCACACCAGGUAAAGAACCCCCAUCGGUGGAGCCGAGCAUCCUGUCCUUGCCAGCCACGCCCCUCCCAAUUUUCAGCAAAGAGUCUACCAGCUCCAAACACAGUGGCAGUGAGCACCACCACCACCACCAUCACCACCACGACCACAAGAAGAAGAAAAAGAAGCACAAGCACAAACACAAGCACAAGCACAAGCACGAGAGCAAGGACAAGGACCGGGACCGGGACGCUCACGCCUUCACCAACAGCCCCGCCAGCGGCCGCUCCCUACGCUCGCCCUCGCUCUCCGACUGAAGGAGGGGCUCGCCUCUGUCCUCAGGUACAUCACCGGGUGCUGCCCCCCCCUGCCUCCGAGGGGGGCAGCUAUCAAACGCUCGCUCUGCCCUCUCUCAGGAUGCCACCAACAUUGAAUGGAACCUCCGAUACCAGAACACCUACGUUUCGGAGGCGACCGUGUACCCUGGCUGCGGCCACCCUGCUCCCCCAGACAGCUGGAGCGCAUGUCCCACUUUCCUUGUCGACUGUAUGGCCCCUGGGGCAGGGGGGUGGGGGGCUGGCUCGCCUUUAAUGAACAAGGAGUGCUUUGGGAGUAGUUCUGUGUGAGGGAGUCCUUACCGUGGAACAGCUCGGACGUUUCCUGCAGGAGACGGUCAUGAAUCUUUCCAGUUUUUUAAUACUUACAUGUACAGUCCUGGACGGUAAGGCAAAUCGCAAGCUUCUUAGGAAAGUAGAACAUUUUUACCUCCAUGGUUGGUUUAAUAAAAACAUGCAUCAGUCUUGCAAGGAGGGAGCUGUUGAUGUUCUUGGCCAGAAUUUCGUACGUUUUUUAAAAUGUUCCAUAGAAUGUCCUCCUUACGUUCAUGUCGUGUGAUUUUGAUAUUCAGACAAACAUUAAGGACCUGGGGAUUUUUUUAUUUGAAUAAAACAGGCAUCCCUUCUGUUUUAGGUUUUUGGCUGGGAUGUGACAUUAAUCCUUCAAUUUCUGCUCCGGACAAAAGGAUUAGAACCUGUCUAUUUAUGGUCAUAUUUGAUGUACGGUUGACCUUUUCUUAUACCUGUUUAAUGCAUUGUCUUCAAUUGAUUUUAAUCCCAAAACUAUUUUGUCAUUUUUCUUAAAUUUUCCGUGUACUAUUUUCCCUCCUCCUCUCUUCAUUGUAGUUUUUAGAUUUUUUUUUUCUUUUUUUGUAUUUACAUUUUACCAACACCAUAUGACCACAACUGUCAGAAAUAAAAUAACCAAAUCAGCCAAAGAA